GUAGUUUUUCACUGGCCUCUCUAGUUCUGAUGAACCGAAGGUUGCAACAAUUGGACCGCCCUUGAUCAGCAGUGGCAUUCGGAUUAGGCCUGUGAAUUGGCAAACUCAUAUAGCCAUUCGCAUGGAGAUUCUGAUAUUCUGCACCAAGGCUGGUCCCACUGAAUUUACAUACAACCCCAACAACACUAAAGGAGGCAUUACUUUUAAAGCAGCAAAUGUUUCCAUUGGCUUUGCCUGCUACAUCUGGGAUUUUGGGGAUGGACAAACAUUCAUUUUUGGUCCUGACUUUUGUUACAAUUGGGGGUCACAUUUUUCAAUAAUAACAUCAGUUUUUUCAGACCCGAUAUCAUUUUUGUAUAGCUAUGCAGAAUUUGGCAUAUACACAUAUAAGGUGAAAGAAAUAACUGGCAAUGGCAAUAACACAUAUGAACAGGUUGUUUAUGUCAAUGCCUAUGGUUGUAUUCCAUAUACAAUGACACUCGUAGAUGACAUGCAAAGCAACAAUAAAACUCGUGUACUCCAAGUUUCUGAGGCAAUGCACCUGAUGGCUCAUGUGAACAUGACAUGCUUGGCCCAAUUUGAAGACACAAACUACAUCUGGUCCAUCACGACCCUGCAAACUGGCAACAUUAAAACCAUCCCAUGGUAUGAUGCCAACUACCAACAAUUUGAGCCCUUUUAUUUCACAGAAGAUACCUUUUUAAUACGGGUCACAGUCGACAUCCAGCCAAUAAGUUUACAAAGUUUUACUGACAAUAUAACCAUCACUGUUCAUGCGACUCCAUUAGAAGUACACAUCACUGGCGGAGACACAUCAGCUGUUGGCAACGGAGCCGACGUGCAGAUCGAUGCAUCUGAACUGUCUUACGAUCCAGAUAAUCGAGACUGUAGUGCUCAUGGAAUUAAUUUUCAGUGGAAAUGUAGCAAAGUGCUUCCCGGUGAAGUCGUGCAAGAUUGCAGAUAUGUCAAUGUGGACAUUGGCUCCAUAUACAUACCGCAGUCCGAGCUGACAAUAAAUACCACUGUCUGGGUACAAUUAACAGCGACUAAAGGAACUCGUGAAGCCAACAGAACUAAAGUGAUUUCUGUGUUGGACGGGAAUCCCCUGGAUGUUUACAUUAGCUGUGGAGAUACCUGCGCUGACAAGGUUACCACUUUGGAUCCACUUGUGCUCUCAAGCGAGUGUGGUAACUGCGACGAUGAUAACUUACUAUACCAAUGGAAGCUACUGUCCAAUAACGAAACUGUCACAGAUUUUGAGCACAUGACUUCCACAGGUAAAAGUAUUUACGAGAUUAGUUUUGAAGAUGUCUUUUUCUUUUUCAAAUAAUCCACAAUAUAGCUAUAAUGUACACCCUUAAAAAAUGGUAUUUAAAGUAAAACCAUCCUUCUAAUCUCAUAUUUAAUUGCUUAAAAACUGCUUAUAAUAUCUAAUCUGUAAGACCUGAAACAAACCAUUUGAACGUACAAUAAACAAGCAACUAUAUUUUAACGCAACGAACACAAUAUUUAAAUUUACGUUUCUUAUUGGAGCACUUCAAACCAGUUGCUCGCUGGAACCUCCAAAAGGCGAACUGGUUGCAGCAGCAACUGUUGCCUGCAGACCGCCAGUCAAUCAUACUCGUCAGUCUACAGAGGUUACUUAUGCCGACACGGGGCCUAUAGCGCAAUGUAGUUUUCUCAGACUAACUCGUAAUGCUUGUUAGCAUGCAGUGACAUUCGGAUUAGUGGUCAGAUUUCCACCUCUAUAUAGUCCACUGCUUAUCCACUGCAUAUACAUUUUGUAUCUGUUUAUGAUACACUUGAUUUGUAGCAGUGCAUAACGUUAAUUCAUACAUGUACCGUAUGUUGAACUUCUUUCACGCCGUACAUAGCCAACCAUGCUAAUCGGAGGUAUGAUUCAUACUCAAAAGGUUGCAUGCAUUUGUUCCUGCUUGAAUAAUAUCUUAAUUGAUUUUUUAAAUUGAUUUUGUCGCUUUCUGUUGCUGUUGGCGAUGUUCAGGUGUUCACAACAAAGGCUUAGUGAUCACUGAGAAUUCCUUGAAGGAAGGGGCUCUAUUUUACAUCCAAGUCAGUGUUACUGCCCAUGGUAGAGGUACCGUGGAGGCCAGCUACAGCUUUGUCACUAGUCUUGGCCCUCUCAAUGGCAUCACAUGCAUGAGCAACCCUCUGUCUGGUUAGUACUGCAGUUUGUGUUCUUCGUUCUUUAAAACAAUCACUCUUAUAGAGUCUCCACAAUUCACUUUUAACACCCAGAUCUGAUUCAAUUAUUGAAUAAAACUCGUCGCGGAAUUUUGUACAGAAAUUCUAACACGUGUGAUGUAAAAAAGGUAAGCACAGGUAGAUAGUUGGGCAGUGAGGGACACAGAAUAUAUCUGUGAAUUUAAGUUUAUUUUUAAAAUAAUCUUUAAACCUGGACUCACAUUUGUCACACUUGACAAGCGAGUGCCGAUGCAAUGCUAUAUCCAGAGUAUUUUAUUCAACAAUAAUUGCUUUGAUGCUUUGUUUUAAUUGGCUAAAAGUCAUAUACAGAAUUCUGAUUGCAUGUGAUGCAACAUUUUAGCAUAAUACUAUCAAACUACACAACUGCACACCCAAUGUCUAUGAUAACGGAUGCUCUCAUCAUAUUAUGAAUUUGGUUCUUUUACUGCGCAUGUGUUUGCUGUUUUGCUUUACAUCCCUCUCAUGUUUUUUCGGGUGGUACUGCGUGUUGUCAGGCACGCUAUCUAACGUUUCACCGCACAUGCUUGGGACUUCCUCAGUCCUGAAAUAGCUCCCAGCGCGUGGAGUGAAGAUUUGACAUUCGAAGAUCAACACAUCGUUAUUGUGUUUUGUUCAAGGUUUUGCAGCAGUGACACUCUUCCAGCUCUCAUGCAGUGGCUGGACGAAUGAGAGUGAGUCCCGACAGCAACUCAUCUAUUCGUUUAAGGCCGUGUCGAACCACACCGAGUUCCUGAUCUAUAACUCUCGGCUGAGCCAGACUCCCUCUCUGCUGCUGCCCGUGGGAGACCUAGACACCCAAGGGACGCUGGACCUCAGGGCGAGCGUGUGCAACUCCGUUAGAGCUUGCACGUCGGCCCGCAUACAAGUCAAAGUAAGUCUCUUUUAGUAAGUUAUUAUAUAUGUGUAGGGUGGGAGAUGGUAGUCUUUUCAUGGCCCACCCGUUAAGUGCCUCAUCACAAGACUAAUACUUUGGCCUUUUUGGAAAUUGUGGAAAGUUUCGAGUUCAGGGAUGUGUAAAUCCCGUCCAAAAAACAGUAAUUUUAAGGGGCCAAAAGAUCAGCCUAAGAAGAGUGGGACCUGUAUUACGAGUGUAUCAAUUAAACGUGGAAGGCCUCUAACGUGCAAAGUGUGAGGUGCUCGCCAAGUGUUUACAUCAAGAACACAUCGACGUUGUUGCUUUCCCGGAAACCCAUGCCGAAGAUAACUGACUCGCGAUCUAUAAAAUCAAUGAAUAUGACAUGAUUUUUCGAUUUAAAGCU